AUGUGCCCCUGCGCGCUGCACGGCGGGCCCCCCGAGCCGCUUUGCGCUAGCAGCUCCGCCGGGCACGGGGCGCGCUUCUCCGGGGCGCAGCUGGUGGCGGCCCGCCUGAAGCUGGUCGGGGAUGAGCUGCAGGAGCGGACCGCGUGGCGCAGGGCGAGCAGCAGGCGGGCUGCGGCCGGGAGAAGCCUGGCCACCUACCUGUGUCUGCUGUGCGCCGCCUCGCAGGUGGCCGCGCUGGUCUGGCUGAUCCGCAAGAGGAGCUGGUAGGGACAAGGGCUCGGGCAGGAGCUGAGAGCAACCGGGAAGAGCAACAGGCUGGAGAAAACCCUGCACCCUUGGAGAAAAUCAUUUCCCCUUUUCCUGCAGGGAGUACAGAGUCUGAGCAGCAGCUGUGAUGAAUGGAGAAAGAAGAGGAGGUGGAUGAAAGAGGCUGGAGCAACGUGAAAGAAGAUUUGUACUGAAGGAGCUGUUCAAGUGCCCAGCAGCAAAACAGAGACACAUACAUGCUUAUAUAGAGAGCAUACGUUAAUACAUGCAUGCCUUGUUGAGAUCCUUUUAGAUAACUGUGGUCUGAGCGCUUGUGCUCCUGCAGUUUGAAUCAAAAGAUUAGUGAUGUCCUUGCUGUAGUGCUAACACUUUCCUCACCAGGCAGUGUCUAUGGUAUGGCACACAUCUGCCCCUUUAAAUGUAGAAGUGUGAACAAUCACUUGCAAACCCAGGGCUAAAUAAUACCUGCGGAUAGUGCAUUUGCUGCAAAUAGGCAUCGGCUUGUCUUGGGAGGUGUGGAAAGGGGUGUUUAGCAGUUUUGACAAGAGACAGUUUGUGUGUGUAUAUAUUAAGCUCUAUGACAUCAGGCAAGAUAUGCUUUUCUUACGACUGUACUUUCUCUGGUGCUACAUUUAAUGUUUGUCUAGGGCUAAACUGUCUCUUUGUGGUGCUACAGUUUUACCAGGAUGAUGUUCUGAAACAUGAGCCUGGGAGAAAUAUAUUUUGGUUAUUAAUAUUUAUACACAAAAACUAGGUUGAGAAGGUGCUAUUUUCCUUUCAGUCUACCUGUAAAUAAAUUAGCAAGCAAGCAAACAAAACACACCAGCCAAUCUAACCCUGAACUUUAUAAAACAACUCACUUUGGGGCAGCUCAUCUCUUGCUUUGCUGGAACGUACCAUGGGAUAUGAUAGCAGUUGUGCAGAACCGGAAAUUCUUUUCAGCCCUAGAUAUUCAAAAAAGGUGGAAGGAUUUGGCCCAAUAAUCAGCUACGUUAGAGUUUUGUGGUGGGGAGCUGGUAGGGAUGCAUGCCUAAGUCCUUGCUACUCUCUGAAACCAUAGGGGUUUAAAGAGUUACAAAAUCCUCAGAGCAGUUUCUAAGGCCACGGGGCAAUAACAGCCAUUCCUACUAGUACUGCAUCAGCUGAUGUUCCUUUGUAAAUCAUUAGUUUCAGAAGUCUCAUAAAAACAGUGAUAAAAAUGGCUCUGGGCUGGAAGUUUAGCAACCAAGUCUGAUCCAGCUGGUCAUUGUUCUCACUAAAUAUUUUUAAAAGACUGGGUCUGAUACAUCCGUAUUAAACAAGUGCAUUCUGUUAUUUCAGAAAUGUUAUGCUGGGUGAUCAGCACAAAGAAGAAUCAAACACACAAAACAUCACUGAAUGUAAAUUCAUGUGAGAUAACAUUGUGCAUGACUGUUGUGAAUCAGCACACAUGGCACCAGAAACAAGACUAGGCCUGGCAAAAAUAUUUGCAUGGAAAUGCGUUCACAUUUACAAACAAACAAAUGCUCACCAGAACAGGACAUUAAACAAAUAUUGCAGAAUGCUCACAGAAAGUCACUGGGGUGUUUGCACCCAAAGAUUGAUUUUUACUAAUUAUGGUGGAGAUUACAAGUGGCACAAAGGGAUGUCAGAUGCACAACUUCCAUUGACUUCCACUGGGAAUUGGACACAUACCUGCUCUUCGAGGCUUUGAAUAUCUUCCUGUACUUUCAUCCCACCAUAGAACAGAAAUGUACCAUGUGAUCUUUACAUCCAAUCAGAACUGCUUGAAUUUUGGAUACUUGCAGAGAAGAGUUUUGAUGCAGUCUCUAGGCUGAAAUCUAUGCAUCAAACAUUCAUCAGUUUUCAGGCACACCGGCACAUGUGUGUGGGAAUUACUGGUUCUUGAACAACUGAUGAACAGGGAAAAGGGUGUAAAGAAUAAUUUUUUCCCAGGUCAAAUUAUGACAUACAGUGAGUGAAGAAUGACACAGUUCCUCUGCUGAAGAGAUUUGGAUGGGACAUGGCUACGAAUGGACCUCAGUCUCUUCUGUACCACAUUUGGGGCCUGGUGCUGAACACUGUUAGCUCCACUUGGGUCCUAUCUCACUCCUACUGAAGUAAAUGGAAGUUUUGCUGUUGACAUCAAUGGGAGCAGCCUUAGGCCUGCUGAUUUCAGCAAGUGUGGUGGGUGCUCAGCACUCCGCUGGAUCAGGCUGACUAAGAAAACCAUAUAUAUUUAAGAAAAUAAAUCACAAAGGAAAUUAAAUUAGAUAUUUUAGCAUGAUAUCCUAUACAGACAGGAAUCCUGUAUGAAGAUGGCUAGGAGACAAGGCCACCUCAUGUGGCAAAUGAUCUGGUUUAUGUUUAUUUGUAUAAGACAGGCGGGGACCUCCCCUCCCAUGGAAUGUCCUCCCCUUUCUAAAUUAUCGGCUUCCUGCCUCUAAACAGUCAAUGACUUCCCAGUUGAGGGAGCUGUUGGUCCCCUUCCCUUUAAGCGUGUGUAGUUGAAUUAUCAUUUGCUAACUAUAUUAUGAUCCAUGGGCUACCUCGGUCUGCAGCUCCAAGACCUUAUGUGGCUUUCGCUCCAUCUAGGGCUUUCAUAACCCAGUCACGGAUAAGCCACAAUCCUGUGACACAGUGAGACAGUUUAAGGGCAUGAGGGACAGGUUCUGCUCUCAGUGUUGUGUCCCUGGUCAGUGGGAGCUGCUUCAAUCAAGGUGCCGAGACUCAACAAUGAGGCACACAGCACUGACCAAACUUGCAAGUCCCUUAGUACAGACAGGGCUCAAUGUAAAAUCCAGGAAGGAUUCUCUGGAGGAGGACCCGGCCGAGGAUGGGGAUACGGGGUGGGGAGAAGAGGGACAGAGACCUCUUCAGCGGUUCCCAAGAAUACAAAAGGACACGUUAUGCCCAGGAAAGCUACAACCAUAUCAACAGCAUUUCACAGGUUUACAUGAGAACAGAAUUUGGCACAGGAAUUCCACUUCAACUCUGACUUGCCUGGCCUUUGUAGGCUUAAAUCAGAUGUUUUGUGUGAAUGGAAUAUUAGGUUUACGGAGACUUAAUCUAACAGCUGAGUCAAGGAAACUUUGCUAGAGAAGUCUCUUGGCAGAAGCUUUACAGCCAACAUUCUCUGUAUAUAAAUUCAGUGAUUUACUAGAGGGUGUGUAUUUGUCAAAGCCUUACAUUUUCUGGUAUAAAUGACUAUACUUGAAUGCCUCCAUCUUUUGACUAGGAGUGUUUUUAUGCUUU